AUGGAUCUCUUUAUCUUCCUGGGGAUUGGUCUUUCUUGUUUGAUUCUUCUUUCUCUGUGGAACCAAAGCUAUGUCAAAGGGCAGCUCCCACCUGGCCCAACUCCUUUCCCAAUUGUUGGAAAUAUUCUACAGUUAAAUUCUAAGAAUAUCAACAAAUCCCUAAGCAUGCUAGCACAAGAGUAUGGUCCUGUGUUCACUCUGUAUUUUGGCAUGAAGCCCACUGUGGUGUUGCAUGGAUAUGAAGCAGUGAAGGAAGCCCUGAUAGACCAAGCAGAGGAGUUUUCUGGUAGAGGGAGUUUCCCAGUGAUUGAUAAAAUCUGCCAAGGACUAGGUGUUGUUUUUAGCAGUGGAGAAAGAUGGAAGCAAAUCCGGCGUUUCUGUCUCAUGGUUUUGAGAAACUUGGGGAUGGGGAAGAAAACUAUAGAAGACCGGAUUCAAGAGGAAGCCUUGUGUUUGGUGGAUGCAUUAAAAAAAACCAAUGGAUCUCCCUGUGAUCCUAGCUUCCUUUUGGCCUGUGUUCCCUGCAAUAUUAUCUCAUCAAUCAUUUUCCAGAAUCGUUUUGACUAUGAUGAUAAGAAAUUCCACAGAUUGAUUGCGUACAUUCAUGAAAAUGCCAGAAUUGUAAGCACUCCUUGGAUACAGCUCUGCAAUGUAUUUCCUGUUUUACAUUAUCUCCCAGGAAGUCAUAAUGUGUUGUUUAAAAACACUGCUGACCAACAAAAGUUUAUUUUGGAGAAAAUAAAAGAACAUCAAGAAUCUCUGGACCCCAAUAACCCUAGAGACUUUAUUGACCAUUUCCUGAUUAGAAUGGAAAAGGAAAAACACAUUAAACAGUCUGAAUUUACUAUGGAAAACAUGGCCAUUACCAUUUUUGAUAUAUUAAAUGCUGGAAUAGAGACAACAAGUACCACACUAAGAUAUGGACUUUUGCUCUUGUUGAAGCACCCAGAGAUCUCUGCUAGAAUCCAGGAGGAGAUUGAACGUGUGAUUGGCAAAAACCGGAGGCCUUGCAUGCAGGACAGGAGCCGCAUGCCCUACACGGACGCUGUGGUGCAUGAGAUCCAGAGAUUUGUUGACCUGGUUCCAACAAAUUUGCCCCAUGCAGUGACUAAGGACAUUUGGUUCAGAGGAUAUUUUAUUCCAAAGGGCACAAAUAUAUUAACAUCUCUGACUUCUGUCCUAUAUGAUGAAAAAGAGUUUCCCAACCCUGAGAAGUUUGACCCCAGCCACUUUCUGGAUGCGAAUGGCAACUUUAAUAAGAGUGACUACUUCAUGCCUUUUUCAGCAGGAAAAAGAGUUUGUAUUGGAGAGGGCUUGGCCCGAAUGGAGCUGUUUCUAGUCCUGACCAAUAUUUUGCAGCAUUUUAUGUUGAAGCCUCUGGUUGAUCCAAAGGACCUUGACAUCACCCCAUCUCUAACUGUUUUUGGCACUAUACCCCCCUUCUUUGAGAUCUCUUUUAUUCCAGUCUAA